UGUUGUCAUGCACCAGAAAUACUGUUUCGUGCGCCUUUGUUCGAUUUUCAUCGCAGUUUUCACUUCACGAUUGUCUUUUCCUUCUUGAAUGAACAAACCGAGUGUUUAUAAGUCCUUUUCACUAACCUUCCAGGACUUCAUCAUUUGGAAGGCAUUUCAGAACCGCCGGAAAAGCAAAUAAAUAGGGAUUGACCGUGAACUCGUCAAGCUUGUCGUCUGUGAAACAAUUGUCGGGUCAAAGGUCAUCUUGAGCAUCAAUCCCACACUGCUUUGCGUUUUGCAGGGGGACACUUGGAAUUGGAUGGAGAUCGACUUUUGAGUGAUUCAAUGUUUGGAAAAAUCUUGUUUACUGAUUUAUAAGUAAUUUUACUCAAGAAGUGACUCUGGCAUUUGCCAUACGUUUUACAAGAUGUUUCCAAGAUGCUGUUUGGUUUUAAAUCGUGUUGCAGGGGUUGCCGGAUCUUGGGACCCAACGUUGAGUGCAGUGACUUUUCAGUGUGUUCGCUGGCGAAAACAGCGAACAGAUCCGAGAGCCAAAUCCAAGAUGAACUACAGAAGAAUUCCGACACCAAUCGAUCCGUGGGAGCAUGAUUUUCUUUUGAAGAAGAACCGACAUUAUGCAUGUAUUACGAGAGCGAUGAAAAAAAUGUUUAUUGAGGAGAUUUCUAGGAAUACACUUGAAACGGCAGAGGGCGGGUCAACUGAAGAAAGAGCCCAGAAAGAGAGGGAAGAAUAUCUCCAAAUGCUGAAGUGGAAUGAUCAAGAGAACGCACGGACCAGACUGAUCAGAGAGGAGAGACUGACUGAGGAGGGACGUCUCAAGGAAGAAAAUAGAUUGGAGAAGAUGAUCAGAAUGGAGGAGGAGAAGAAACAGAGUCUUGAGGAGUUGGCGGAGAGAGUUAUACAGGAAAAGGAAGCCAGUAAGUCGUACAUCACACUGGACAAUGUGGAUGAGGUCAUAGAGAGAGUCAUGGAUAACACCAAGGACUUUAACUUCAUGAUCAGUAAGACUGGCGACAUCCUGCUCCCGGAGGGUACACCAUGGGAAAGUCUCACUGCGAGGAAGGACCCAGACCCUGCGGCAGAAGAGGACCGUCCACAGGAACUCACUCAACAAUUAUAGUCACAUAAAGGCCGAGUCACACUGCAGCGAUAACGAUAACGAUCACGACGCACAGAGAGCGCAUUGUAUUGGUUGAAUUG